CUAAGGAGAAUCUCCAAUUCAUUCUCAACUGGUUCAAGAAAUUCCCCCAAUAUAGAAACUCGGACGUGUACUUAGCUGGGGAGAGUUAUGCAGGUCACUAUAUACCACAGCUUACAGUAUUGCUGCUUGAUUACAAUAGAAAGCCCAAUGUUAAACCAAUCAAGCUUAAAUCAAUUGCACUGGGGAAUCCACUACUAGAUCUUGAAAUAAGCGUGAAGUCUUCUGAAUAUAUAUGGUCACACGUUGCCAUUUCUGAUGAACUGCUUACAAUGAGAAGAAAAAUCUAUAACGAAACGAGGUUCUUGUUGGAAUCAAUACAUAAUAAUGUAUCUAAGGAGUGCACGAAAGUUUGGGAACUCACAGACGAGGAGAUGGGAAGUGAUAUAGAUAUGGGAGAUCUGCUCGCGCCAACAUGUGUAUCUUCUGGUACAGCAAGACAAUUGGGAGCCCUUGCCACAAUACAUGGAAAGUUUGUUAAGCAUGAAGUAGGAAUAGUUGCAGAUCCAUGCCUUACUGAUAGGAUAAAUUUGUACCUAAACAAGCCAGAAGUUCAAAAGGCGCUACAUGCCAACACCACUUACCUGCCAUAUGCCUGGGAUUUUUGUUUGGGGCUAGUUCUCUUCUUCCCUUUACUUUCUAUUGCGCUAUAG